GUCAGUGCAGCUACCCGACGGUGCCAGAACAGUUCGAAACGUAUAUAAGGAAAAGUGUCGUGACGAAAAAUUUUGGUUUCGCUUUUUCACUGCGCUCUGGCGAAACCCACACUCGAUUUGCUGCUGCUGCGGGGAUACGAAAAACGAGUCCGUUCCGAUUCCUGCGUAGAAGUUCCGUCUUGUCCCGCGCGUCCGCCGUUGGCAGUGUCGGAAGUUCGUGGCUGGAAUAUUCCGUCGCCUUCGACAUCGCUCUGGAGCAGCCACACGCGUUUCUUUUCGGAUAGUCUCUUUCCUUCUUCACCCCCCAUCUUGUACAGUAGUAGCGCUCCGGACGGAGACGUUGUUACGAAGUGAAAUAUCUCUUGUGUAAAUUUUUGCUUUGCCAUCUUUCGUCUCGGCUACGUUUCCGCUCCCCCGGAUUCCCUAUCAGUUUUUAUCACCGUGAAAAUAUCUAGCUCCGGUUAGAUUUCAGCAAAUCAAAAGACAAUCUGUUCUUGGUCAAGUUUAUCUAGUGGUGUCGUCGCUGCUGGGCAGCAAAGUCCCAUAUUGACCCAGAAUACGUGUUCCGGACGACGACGAAGCGCGUAUCGCGGUCAACAUUUUUUCGCCUUGGUGCUGGGAGGCACGCAAACAGGUGACCAAAAUCAUUUGGAACACCGGAAGUGAACCCGUCUGUCGCAGCAACCAUGGCCCUCAGUCAGACGUCGGUGCUCAAACUGUACAACACCGUUAUUGAUGAUGUUAUUGCUGGCGUACGAGAUGCAUUCCUCGACGAGGGUGUCGAUGAACAGGUAUUGCAGGAGAUGAAACAAGUAUGGACGGCGAAACUGAUGGCCAGCAAGGCGGUCGAAGCGGUAGUUGAUCCUUUGGAUCAACCGCCGUCAAUUCUGGCAAAGUCCGUGUCAGGUUCAAAGUCAAAUGGUACUAAAAAGGCUAAAGCUGCGGCUGCAGCUGCUGCUGCCGCUGCCAACCAAGAAAAUCAAAACGGAAUCGCAAAAUCAGCCCCCAACAACAUUGCACCUGCAAUUCCACCACCACCUGCAGUCAAGCCCGAACCGGUAGCUGAAACGCAACAAAUUCUACCACAACAACAACAGCAGCAACAACUCCAACCACCCCCAUUAGCUCAGGCCCAUCCCUCGUUGCCACAACCUGCUGCAGUACAACCACCACCAGCACAACAGCCAGCUCCUCCGGCGGCAGUCGUAGCAGCACUGGAUCCCAACAAAAUGGUCGCAAUUCAGAUAACCCUACCAGCACUGCCAAAUGUACCAAACUCACAACCAAGAGUACUAACGAUUCAGGUGCCGGCAUCGGCGCUCCAGGAAAAUCAACUGCAACAAGUACUCACUGGACCCAUCAUCACUUCGAUCAUGCCCCUACCACCGCAGAUUGCCUCGUCCGUACUUCAGCAGCAUGUCAACUCCUAUCUGCAGAACAACACAAUGAAUACAAUUCAAAUUCACAAACAGAUGGACGGAGCCUACGAUAUGCAUAUGGACACAAUUGCUGAAGAAGAUCAUCAGACACCGCCGAUGUUUGCUCUUUCCGAAGUAUUGGAUCAUCAUCUGAUGUCCAAAGUGGCGCACAAUGGAGCGGUAGUAUCUCAAAUGGAUUCGGUACCAUCAACGUCGGCAUCCUGCUCAAGUGGAGCAGUUCUAAAGAAGAAAUUGCGACAUCGCAGAAGAGUUAUGAUUGAAAUAAGACACCAGCUUGACGGUGCAGUUGAUACAUCGGACGAAGAAGCUAGCGAUAUAAGUGACGACAACAUCGGGGACGACGACGAAGACGACCUGGACAAGGAGGACGAUGAAGAUUUGGAUGGCGAGGGUGGAGCGGAAGAAGAACCCCUGAACAGCGAGGACGAUGUAACCGAUGAGGAUGCUUCCGAUUUGUUCGAUACGGAUAACGUAGUCGUUUGCCAGUAUGAUAAGAUUACAAGAUCGAGAAACAAGUGGAAGUUUUACCUGAAGGACGGCAUCAUGAACAUCACCGGUAAGGAUUACGUGUUUCAAAAGUCCAAUGGAGAUGCUGAAUGGUAAAGUGCGAUUCGAAAGACAAACUACUGUGUAAGCUCAAUAUGUAUGAAAUCAGGAGUAGGUAUUCGAUGUUUAUGCCUACUUGGGUGGUUGAUAGCGCCAGAGAAAAGCGGGUCUGAGUACUAAUUCACCGACGACGGGAUAUCUUCGUUCUAAGCUUUGGUAAAAUAUAGCUACAUACACAAAAAAAAAACUUGAUUUAACUUAUCUAAAUGUAUUUAGCCCAGUAUCACUAAGAUCACUUAUCCCUCGACAAACAAACGGUGUCGAACGAAAUAAAGAAGCCUUACAAAAUGCCUAAAGAUUUCCCCAUUUCGCAACAAAAUACACAACUUAGUUGCUACCUUUGGUUGCGUUGCAAACCUAUACAUAAAGCAUUCUAGUAGAAUAUUGUGUAAAAAAAUGUUUUUAAAAAAAUAUGCACAUUUUAGUUUAAAUCACAUCUUACAGCUACUAAAUUUACAGUAUCCCUCUUACACUAGUUAUGAGUUUGUUUCCCCAAGGCUGUUUGAUGAUGAACAGUGUAGGAUAGGAAGAUGAAAAAAAGUGCAAGUCAGCUACAAAACCACAAAAAAUGGCCAACUCACAGUUGGUCCUAACUUAUAUAAUAUUACCAACAUACCAAGUUGUGUAUCUCAACUAAAUCGUUUGUGUAAACUUUCAAGCUGCUUUGGAUGGGUUAAGAAGUACAGCGUGCAGGUCUGGUUUGUACGGAAAAUUCAACAUUGUUAUACUUGAGAAACUAAUCAAAGAACAUAUGUGUAGGAAUAUAAGCAAUUUCAUGCAGCACAA